AUGAAGCCCACUUCAACUGAUUUGGUAGACAGACUUGAGACGGCGGUCCUUCCAGAAAAGGAACCAUAUUGUUUCUUCCCUUCUGGAGCUUCACGUGGUGGUCUCACACCAAAGGAGCUUUCUCCCUUUUUAUCUGCAACAACAUUGCUCUUCAUGCUUUCAUGCGGUAUGUUCACUACAACAAACAAAUCUUUCAGCUGCAAUUCUUGUUGUGGGGGCCAUAGAGGGAGCAAGACAAGGCAGUCUGUCUUUGUUUGUGAAUUGUUUGCUUUUAAAUUGGUGCCUUGCAGGUGGCGUAAGACCAACAGGGAUAAACUUCAACAGUGGCUCACCACCACACCCAUCUUCAUCUCGGAAAAUCCAAAGUCAGAGGCAAACCCCUGCUCAUGA